CCCUACUCUGUAAGUCGUCGCCAAAGGCGUCGUCGUCUCAAAGUCGUUGUCACUCGUUGACGUCGGCGUUGUCACAUGAAUGCAAAAUUGGUACUUUGUAAGACGUCACGGCCAGUGACGCCUGCGUAUCGAUAAUUUACCACCAAAAAGUGUAAUCCCUAACGAAUAAAGAAAAUUUUCUUCAAUUUGUUUGGUAAAAUGAUUUAUUUUCUUGAUGAAAGUUCAAGUUCUAGUGAUGAAGAACAGAAAAAAAGCCUUCGUAUACAAAGAAAAAUUAUAAGGCAAAGGUCAGAUAUAUUUAACCUACCACAUAUCAAGUUUCAAAACCAUUUUCGCAUCAAUAAAGCAGCAUUUAAAUACUUGCUUGAUACUAUUGAGCCGAAAAUGAAGAAAAGUAUUCGGUCAACUUCUGUGUCCACCACAAUAAAGUUGGCUACAACUUUACGCUUUUUGGCACAGGGUUCAUACCAGUUGAGUGUUGAAAAUGACAUGCAUCUCGGUUUGGCUCAACAAUCUGUAAGCACAAUUCUGACAGAAAUGCUUGACGUUUUGGAGACAGUUAUCUGCCCAAGCUGGGUAACAUUUAGUAUGACCGAGGAUGAGAAAGCCGAAGCAAAACUAGCUUUUUUUGAAAAAACAGGGUUUCCAGGCGUCAUUGGAUGCAUAGAUGGGACCCACAUUAAGAUAUUUACACCGAAGAAGGAGGAGCAAAGCAUUUAUUAUAACCGUAAAGGAUUUUUUAGUUUAAAUGCUAUGAUUAUUUGCGAUCACAAAAUGCGGAUAAGGUAUUUGGAUGCUCGACAUGCUGGCUCAGCACAUGACUCCUUGAUUUGGAAUAUGAGCCACGCCAAACAAAUUUUGCGCGAACGUUAUGAUGGUGGUGACCGUAAUAGUUGGAUUUUAGGUGAUGCAGGCUAUCCGCUAGAGCCAUACCUGAUGACGCCAUAUCGUUCUUCUCAAGAAGGGAGUGCUGAGGCUGUUUUUAACAAUAAACAUGCCAAAGCAAGAAAUAUUAUUGAAAGAACCAUUGGUGUUUUAAAAAAUCGCUUUCGCUGUUUGCUCGGCGCUCGUCAACUUCAUUAUAAGCGUGAAAAGGCAACUAAAAUUGCAAAUGUUUGCUCAGCAUUACACAACAUUUGUAUUGCAUAUGGUGUAAAUGAUCUAAGCGAAGAUGUACCUGUACAACUCAGCAAUGAAAAUGUUGAGAAUGAAGACGAAAAUAUACAAAGUAUUGAAGCUUCACAAAUACGAGACCAAAUAAAAUCCACUUUUGUUUAAGUUUAUUGAUUUUAAUAAAAAAAAAAUUCAUUGUUUAUGUAUUAAAACUUAAAAAAAAGUUCAUUCUUAUUUCAAACUUAGAAUUAAAUUCAGACUCUAAAAAAUAAAAAAAAUUUAAAUGA